CAAAAACUAUCAAUGUCAUGUCUUUUGAUUUUUUAUUGUAAUUUUGUUUUGUCAUGUCAGCAGCUUCGGUUAACCGCUGCCGCUGUUUCUAGGACACAACUUCGUAGUUCAUAAAUUGAAAUUAAACCUAAAAUUAAAUUUUAGCAAAAUGAAUAUUUAUUCACAAACACUGUUAUGUUUUUUAAUCUUUGUAUCUUGUGUUUAUUGCGAAAAUAAAUAUUCAAGAUCUGCAAAUGAAAAGAAAAAAUCAGAUGUAGAAUUCAGAAGUUUGGAGAAACCAUUCAGGAUGAACAAACUAAAUUUAUUGUGGACAAAAGCUCGUCAGCGUCUCACAGAGCCUAAACUGAAGUCCUUGUACAGUGAUUUAAUGAUUCAAGACAAAGAAGAAUUGAUAUAUAAGAGAGUAAAAAGUGAAGGUGGGGAUAAAGAAGGAUUGAAAGAAGCUGAACUUAGGCGGAAACUAACUAACAUUAUGUCAAGUUAUGGACUUUUGCAUCACUUUGAACCUGGUGCAGCUAAAGAGAAAGACCAUCCUGCUUACAACUCAGCUAUGGAUGACUACAUCAAUAAGAGUAUCUUCAAAGAUAAGAAACUAAAUUAUCUUUGGACUAAGGCAGAAGCUUCAGGAUUCACCAUGGAAGAGUUGUUGGCUUUACGAGAAGAGUUCACACAUCACCAAGAGAAAAUUGAUCAGUAUUAUGACUUGUUGUCUGAUGAUUCACCUAAUGAUGAUGCAUUUAAAAAUAUCAUCAAUGAAGAUGAAUUAGACAAAUUUAAUGAAAUCAGUGAACACACUAAUGACAUGACAAAGGAUUACAUUGAUAAGGCUAAUCUUAUCAGAGAAAAACAUAGAGAUUUGAGGGAUGGUUAUGACAGAAUCCAGAGGAUAAUUGCUAAAGCUCCAAACAAUAAGGACUUCAUAGAGCCUAAAGUUCAAGGUCUCUGGAAAAUAGCUGUUGCAGCUAACUUUACUACUGAAGAACUAGCUUCAUUAAAGGUUGAACUGCAGCACUAUGAGUCGCGACUGUUGAAAUUGCGUCACUUACAAGCAAAUAAUGUAAGCAAUCGCGAGAAACAUAAGGACAAGGUUGCUGGCGCUGGUGACAAAAUUAACCACUUUGAAGAACAGGAGCAGAUGAUCAAGAAACAUUCAUUGAAGGUUGCAAAGCUGCACGCUGACCUCGAGAGCAAAAUAAUGGAACGUCAUACCGAACUUUAACACUACUCGCCAUUUUGCCAAAGUAGAUGUGACAAUAUUAUUGUGAUUUGUAUGUAAAUGAUGCAUUUUGAACAAAUUCUAUAUUUGUGUGUAGAAGUAGCAUGUCAUUAG